CUACGCGAAUGGCCACGCUAUAGUAUAUGCACGGCUGGGUAGGAGAUAUGGGUUUGUGUUGUGUCUCUUGAUAUACGGAUACGUGCUUUGGUGAGUUCAGUGGCAAGUGCUUAUAGAAAAGGCUAUUAUGGACUUGGAAAGACACUGUUAUUUUAGUAGGGAGAGACAGAGAGAGGCAUAUGACGUGGGGAAAAGGUCGCCUAUGGAUGCUGAAAUGUCAAAGGAGGAGAAGGAUCUGGAAAAAGGUCGCCCAAGAAGAUCACGGAAGUACUUGGAAAAAAACUUUGCCAAUCCGAAAAAACCGGAAGCGACGUCAGAGUCAUCUGAUCGUGGGACUGGGAACCUGGUGCGACGGUGUCCUGGCCAGGACAAAGGAAUAAGAUAGCCAGGACGACGUCUUGUGAUAUAUCGUCGGGCGUCGCUACGGAGUAUAGGAAGGCGUCGCCAAAGGGUAUUGGAGAAUACGAGAGGAACUAUCUAGGGAAUUGCCCGAGUCUCCAUUUUCUUUUUAAUAAAAGGAUAACCAAGAACGGAUCGGAAAUUGACCGGGACAUCGAUAUAUGGAUCGGCGUCCCGACGCCUUUGUACGCGUCCAAUACAAAAAGAGCCUUAGUUCAGAAAUUGUAUUCUACCGUGAAGUAUCUAUCAAAGGAAUCUUCACCGUCGGUAACCUAACUGUGGCGCUAGUUUUCGGCCUAUGGAAGUUUCGUUACCGACCGAGUCAAAUAUCCACGGCCAUUGGGUCACCUCAGAAAGCCAAGAGAGAGAGACGACGCUCGGCGUCGGGCAACUGGUAGAAGGAAUCAUGCGCGUAGGAACUUUCGCUGGAUGGAAGCGAGUUGUAGGCGCGCAGGGAGCGUCUAGGCGCUAUCGGCGUUGCGGCGCUGCGACGCCUGGCUAUAACGGUGGUUCGCGGCAGGCGCCAGGCUGAGGAGGAAAGGGAUGACGGCGCUGUGACGGGCGUCGACCGCAGCAAGCGUAGCUAGUCGAAUUCACUGCCGCGACCGGGCAGCAUCUACGUACCCCGGGGGUCCAUACUUUCAUAUCUUAUCCGUCGCAAAAUCGCUCAUACUUCACGUUGAGGGUGAACCUUAAGAAAAUUUUGAUCCUACGCUUUUGAUAUACGGCCAGGAGACUUUCAUCCGAAUUUGGAGAACUUUAGUGAUCUGGUUUAUGCGAGCGUUAAGGGAAACAAGCUGAAAGCUAAGGAUGAAUCAAAGCUACGCAGCAUCCUUAGGAUCUACGAGGAGAUUAGAUCGAGAUGAGAGCUGGAGAUCUUUCGGAUCUCUCAAACUGCUUUCAAAGAGACUGGAUUGUCGCCGGUACCAUGAUCUCUAGAGAUUUAAGAUCAGGCCGUGUUUUCACGUGUAAUUUAACUCGCUACGGUGAAUCGCGAUCAGGAACAAAUUGUCGCUUCAUAGAAAUCGUUAUUCGUAGAAAGAUCGCGUUACGCAAUCCGUCUGUUAUAAUAAUAUAUAGUAAAUGACUCGGACCUGGUGUCGCUCAAUGGAAACGGGUUUAUCCUUUGUAAAAACACUGUUAAAGACUUCAGAGUUCCUUAUGCAAAUCGUUCGCGAUUUAACGUUGCCAAUCUACAAUUCUUAGAGCAGCCGUGCCAAAUGAAACUGCUAAAAAAUUUUUACAUUCUUUCUCUAUCGUUAAAUCAUUUGCUCUUUUGAUUUUUUCGCAAAAUUUUCAAAAUAUCGCUCACAACCCGUAGUUACUACUGUGAAAUAAAACUACCCCCCUUUAUCUGCAGUUUACGUAACGACCAGUGUUGACAAAUCUUGUGUACAGUGCAACUGCAAUAUUCAUCACGGUGGACCAGGAACGAGAAGAAAAAGUGAUCUAUCAUAAGCUGUACUGGCGUCGUGGUUGUUCGGGAUGCUGGGGGUUGCUACGCUCAUCAACUACGGGAAGCGGAGAAAUGGUAAAUCACGGGCGAACGGCCGAGACAUGUACAUUAGUUCCCAAGUUGGAGAUUGAUGAAGUGGUUGCUUCUGGAGGAUCCUUGUAACUAUCCGGUGCAGCAUCCCUUACGGAUGGACCAGAAGCAGAUUUCACACUGAGAUCCACAUGACGACGUUCACGUUCAUGGAAACACAUAUAGCCAACCUUGCGCCACUGUUGAUUUAAUUGGCUCGUUGCCAUCUUCAUCUUCAUCGUCUUUGUCGCCGAUGGCCUCGUUACGUCUGGAAUAUUUUCAAGAAAAUUCCCUCGAAGUACCGACGCUAAUAAAAACCCAAUAAUUUACCAUCAAGGGACUCGGGCUUCAUCGACUUUAACGUCAAACUCGAUCCGGUGUUAAACCUACUUUCCUUUUCGAAUUUUUGAAAAUUAAAAAAAAAAUCCAUAAUAUUUCCAAUCGUCAGUUCUAAAAAAAUCAUUGAUUUUUGAAGUACCUCCGCGAGCAAGAUCAAAGGUCAGUGUCGUGUGAAAUAAAAAAAAAAAUCCGUGUCAAAAACUUUUGAAAAAAGAAACUUUGAAAAUAAUAUUUCAAGGGUGAAACAGGUGUGUAAUCCAAAACUCGUAAUGCCACAGCAAGUAAGUAACUCGUGAUGUCUUGUUGCUGUUGUUGUAUCGGUGCCAGCGGAAAUGGUACCGGUACCAGUAGCAGUGCUAAUUCCGGAAGUAAUGGUGACGGUGCUAGUGGUACCGGUGGUCUCGGCAUCACUUCCGGUCUUUCGGCCCUCUUAUCCCUCAUUGUCGUCACGGUCGCCAUUACAACCGGCGAGUGGCUGUUGACCGAGGAGAAGCUGCCAAAAGCGGCGACUGCCAACGUCUCAAUUGACCCUGACAGUAAGGUCACCUACAGCGGUCUCUGGAGAGUCUGCGUCGCCAUAAGUUCGCGUAUGGAAUACGAGUGUUCGAGUAUCGAUUAUUUUCCAAAUGAGGAAUACAGUCCGGAUCCGAGCGAUUCGACGAUGGCGAUACCAUACGCUGUAACCAAAUCAGCCAUGUUCUUCUUCGCCGCCACCCUACUCCUCGUCGCUGCAGAAGUUUGCUACUUCGCCGCUCACAUCAGCCACCCCAAGCACAGGUUGUGCAUUUUCGUCGCCGGGGUAGUUUUCAUAGUUUCCGGAUUGCUCAUGCUGGUGGGCAUGGUGAUGUACAUAUCUGUGUUCAAGGCGGAAGUCGGCAGCAAACUCAGGCCAAGAUCCUCCUUUCAGGGACCCCCGUUCACUUACAGAUACGGCUUCUCCUUUCUCCUCUACGUAAGCGGCUUCAUUACCACCGAGGUUGCCGGGACUUCUGCCAUUUUUCUGUAUAUAUCCUGGCAUCAGCAGGAGUGGGUGCAGAAGGACUACAGACGUAAGAAUUAUGGGGGUGUCUAUCAUCUUGAGAAUCACGUGCGUCAUCCAAAUCACGUGAAUCACAGCCAUGGCGGCUUCCUGUGCGAGAGACACCAGAAGAGAUACUUCUUCGGGAGAGACUCCGUGGACCACGUGGAUUUCGACGACUUCCUACCUCCGCCGCCGAGUCUCGAUUAUCACGACUAUCCGAGACAGUUCCCGAGGGACCUCACUACUCAAACGGUCAGCACGACCGCCGACGUCCUCCAGGAAGAGUACAGUCCGAGCAUUCAGCAUGAGUUUGUGACCUUUGACCUGGAGGAACAGCUGCCACCGCCUCCACCCCUCAGAGCUGGCGAAUGGGCGCUGGACACCCUUAGAAGAACUACCCCCGUCUGAUAUACCGUCAGGUACACGAGGAUGUUGCAAAACUUCGAGAGUGACGUCAGCGACGAUCAGGAUGACGAGGAGGCCGAAGACGACCAUGAGAAAAUGAUAACAAGAACGAAGGGGAUGAAGAUGGAUACUGAUAGUAGCGACGACAGUUUCGAUUGCGAAAUUAAUGGGGAUGGCGUGAGAAUUUUGAAGUGAUAACGAAUUCAGAUCGAAUCUCUAUUGAUAUUUCGGUAUAUUCAUUUGAGAUUGGAAUCUGACGAAUCUGGGAUGCUGCAACUUAAAUUUUCGAGGAUCCAACGCCGGCCGUCGCGACGCUCGAUAUUCGCGUCGCACUCUGUAACCGGUUGAAUGUAUUGACUAUGUGCUGCCAUCUAGCAAUGACUGAUUGGCAGUUGUAACUAAUUAUUGUAUCAGGUUUAAUCGGUACUGCCAAUAUUGAUAGUGUACACGGGACUGUCUGAAGGCACUAAAAUACGAAGAACUUUACGGCGUGAACUUUUGAACUUCCCUUUUUCUACGUGAGUACAAUUAUCGCGAAGGAAUCCAAUUAGCUAAUCGAAUGCCCACUGUCGGGCCAAUCGGUUAAUCAAAUGAUCGGGCACGUCGGGAACAAUCAGAUUUUAACGUAGAGAGUGUGACCCUAGUAUGAAUAUUGGAACAGUAGGGUUUUUUGUACCGGUGUUUCUCCUUUAUAGAAACUGAUGGCUAUUCGAAUGAAAAUUAUGAUAACGAGGGUAAGGUACUGCUGGGACGACUGAAACGUUUGAUGCUUGUCUCUAAGCAACGAUUAUUAAAUACUUUGUAAUUGUGCUCGUUAUCAUUUGCGGCUGAUUGCCAACCGCGUUGAUCACGAAUAUAAAAAGUACGAAGCUAGUGUACGGAUAGUGGUCUGUUCGAAUUUGCCGCGCAAUUUUGAAUGCUAAUAAUUGUCUUUAAGGGAAGGUUAAAUAUUGUAAAUGUGAUGGUUGUGCAAAUUGCGCGAUGAAGAAUUUAGGUGAAAAUAUUGAAUUCUAAUUGAAUUGAAUUCUACCUGUUUUUGGAAUAACCGGACACGCAUCUAUUUGCACCGAGCGAAGGUACGUUCCGGAAAUUGCAAUUCAGCUGAUUUUUAUGAAAUUUCAAAGACUCGCUAAUCGUCUAAGGAUCAAUUAUUAAAAUCCAUUUAUAAAUGAAUCACGGAGGCACGGAUUCGGUGUUUGUCAUAUGCUCAACGUUACUGUAUUAUACGUUAACGAUAAGGACUCGGUUAUCGAGUUGGCUCCUUGAUUGCACUAAUCGUAAUUUUACAAAUUCCCUCCGAUUACUGGAGCAACGUACUUUCUUCUGUAUAUUCCACGACAAUGUUAUUUAUUACUAAAUUACGAACGAGUAAAAAUGCGGAUUCAUAUCAAA